UGAUACAGACCUCCUACUCUCCCAGCCCCGGGCAACUAUUAGUGCCGGGCAAAGAAUAUCUGUAAAGAAGGAUGCUCUAAUCGCCACUACCUCCUUUGCCUUUAUUGGUUCACAUUGGCUGUCUGUCUCUUAAUUCUUUUCACUUUUCCCCUUUUCGUUCUCUCUUUCCCCACCCACCUUCCCACAAAGUUACCAAAUUCUCUGAAUCCAGGAAAAAAAAAAAUCGUUCCCCAUCUGUCUGUCUGUAAGUACCCCUAAAUCACGGUGUCUCAUCUAUUCUCCUGCUCUGUCAGACCUCAGAGAGCACCCUCAGAGGCCCUUCAAGUUUCUCACACAAGCUCCUCAUCCAGCCUUUAACUCUUAAAUUUGAAGACUCUUAACCACCUUUCUGAAUAAAACAAGGCCCCUCGGAGCUGUACCUCCUCUGUACCCUGCUGCCUCCCAGCUUCAUGGUGGCAGCUCCCUGUGGCCCAGAAAAAAAGGCGAAUAAAAAAACCCAAACGUAGUGUCUAUGUCCCAAAUAUUUCAAACGGGUGCUGUUUUUGAGAACUGGUCAGGAAACAUUAGAUCCGGCUCCUACCACGUUUGGGGCUGCAAAUCCUCUGGAAUUCUCUCCCUGCUCCUUUCCUGGCUCCUCAGUCUUCCUUUUUGCUCCCGUCCCCCGAUGUCCCUCUGGUUCGGACUACAAGGCCUGAAGAAGGCUUCUGCUUACUCUGAGCACAUUCCACAACCCUCUUCCCAGUGCAACCAGGCUGCUGCCAUGGCCGACAGCAGCUCCUCUCUUGGGCAGCAGUGGCAGGAGACCUGUAGACUCUUUUGUCAUCCCUUUAGGCAAAGCUGUGCAGUCCCGGAGGAGGAAGUGACCAGGUUCUCUCCUCCGUAUUACAGUAUCACAUCUCUAGCCAGUUGUGGAAGUUUUUAGAAGAGCUGAAGUACAUUUUAGAAGAGCCCGAAGUACAUUAAAAAAAAAGAAACUUUAUUUGAGAGAACUAGAGAAAAGAGUCAGUUGUUUAAGUUUCUUGAAGCCUCCAGAAGCCUCCCUGGCCUGAGCUCCUGACCCACCAGGCCUAAGAUUCUUUGGCCUCUUUCCCUGUAAGACCUCUUACCAGACUUGUUGGGUAUCAGAACAGUUCCUCAGGAGGCUCCAGGCUUGAGCUCUAACACUUCAUCAUUUCUUUUUUUUUUUUUCUUGAUACUAUUUUAUAAACACAGCUCACUGGCUCCCACGGUCUCUGCUCACCCCCUCACCUCUCACCUUCCUCCAGCCAUUAACCCUGGGCAGGCAGCAGGAUCUCAGGUCCUGCAUGUGACUUCUUUUGCUGAAGGGUUGGAAGACCACAGGCUCCUUCUGUGUAGUAGCAGGGCCUCAGAAAACCAGUUGCUCCAGCCUGCUAGACCUGAUCUGAUGGGCCAGAAGCUAGGGGCUAUAAUCUCCCUGUAUCACCACUAAAGAAGAGCCCUGUGGGGCAGGGGGUAGGAGAACUAUUGCUAGCCUGAGAGCCUACCAUCAUCUCUGGGGAGGGGGGAGGGGAGAUCUCUCACCUUUGCUUCCCCAGUCCCAUCGCCCGUCCUUGUGUACCCAGAGAGAAGGCACAGGAACACAAGGUCCAGUUUCUAAGCAGUCCACGUAGAAAAGAGACCCUGGCUGCCUGCCUUCUGUGUCAUCCCCUAAGUCCCAAGUCAGCAGUUAGGCAGCCCAUGAGCACUCCAGCCCAUAGAAAUAGCCUCUGCCUCCCCCAUGACCAUUUUCCCACCCCCUUGCCCCAAAUUUGCAGACACCUACAUUUUUGGCUCCUGUCUUCCUCCUACAGGCCUCCUCCUCUUUGACUCUGCCUGCCCUGCUCGAACACACCCUCAGAAAACUUUGAGCUUUUUGUAGCCUUCUUCACUCAUGCCAGGGGGUCAUAAGUCUUGCCGAGGAGAGCGCAGGAGCAGGAGCAGCAGCAGCAGCAGCAGCAAAGAAACAGAUUUGUUCUGAGUAGUAGUAAUAAUAAUUAUCCUCCAUGCCAUCUGCCAGGGCAUUUAAAACGAAGCCAUUCUGAAGUCCUCCUCAUCUUCUCAGGAGUACAAAUGUCCUUUUCACCUCCUAGCCCCCUUUUGCCUGUCCCGAGGUGAGAAUCUCAACAGAAACCCCACUGAAGCUAAGUUCUCAGAGCCCUCUCCUGACCGCUGUCUGGAGCUCAAGCUAAACCACGGGGCCUUUUCCCUUUUGUCACUCUCCCUUCAAACCCACUCCCCCUGCAAGAUGUUCUGGGGUUUUUAAUCAUCACUCCGCCGCUAGUUGUCUGUUCUCAAAAGGCGUGUGUGUGUGUGUGUGUGUGUGUGUGUGUGUGUGUGUGUAUGUGAAAAGUCUGGCCUUGUCUCCUCCCCCAUCAGAGACUGGACCUUGAGAUUUGGGGGUGGGGUGGAGAGGAUGUAGGGGAAAGAGGGAUCAGGGACUGAAAGAUUCAGCAAGGGAGUUUGAGACUCAGCCACCAGGAGUGACUUCUAAAAAAAAAAAAAAAAAAAAAAAGAAAGAAAAAGAAAAAGUCCCUGUGUGCCUCCUGUCAGCACUGGAGGGGUGCCCAGCGCCCCUGGCUCAGCCAGCCCAGCCUCUGACUUGAUCUCUAGAGCCCACCUCAUGGAUUAGCAUAAUGGUCCAGUAGUGGGGCCUGGCCGAGGUGUGUGUGUGUGUGUUGGGGGGGGGGGAGCAAAUCUGUGAACUCCACCAGCUUUCUUUGCAUUUUGCUCUCCUCUUCCUCCCCCACCUCAAUGUAAAAAAAAAAAAAAAUUAUAUUUACCUGUUUUAAAAACAAAACAAGUCAAGACUACCCUCUACCUACUUUCUUUGCUUUGAACUCUUAUUUUUUUUUUGGGGGGGGAGGCAUACCCCCCCCCCCCAGCUCUCAUCACCACCAUCACCUUCCUUGCUUAUCAGGCAUCUAUGCCUGCUAAAGGGGAGAGAGGUGGGGGGUGAGCUUGUGUGUGUGAGUGUGUGUGUGUGUGUGUGUGUCUCUGUGUGUGUGUCUGUGUGGUUUUUUUUUUUUUUUUUUCCUCCCUGUGCAAAAGCAGAGGCCAUUGUUACCGGAGAGUAGGGCGUACCAGUCUUAGGGCAACCACACUGUGGCGGCUUGGCCGAGCUGAAGCCCCGAGCUGGAUUCUCGGCGAGCCGAGCCUCCUAGCACCUUUCGGUCUGCUGUUUUUUUCCCCCGCUCCCCUACCCCUCCCUCCUGCGCACCCCCGCUCCAAAGCCGAGUGAAUUGAAGCGGACGCCACGCCGGGCUCCUCUGGCCGCUCUGCCCCUCCGGCUCCCCAGCCGGGGUGGCUUUGGGGAGGGGGGGGCGACGCAGCUUUAAACAGUGGUCUUUUUUUCCCUUUGCCUUCAAGGAGGGGAGAUUUCUCGCCUGCCGCUCGCGCUGGGGCUCGAUGUGAAUAUAUAUUAUGUCUGCCUGUUCUCCCCUCGUCGGUGGCUAAGGUCAGCCGCUUGGAACAGACCCGGGAGGAGGGGGGCAGAAAGGGGAGGGGGGUCCGGCGUGUCACGUGACCCCCAGGGGUGCCAAUGUCCGGUCGUGAGGGUAUCAGGCCCUUGCAAGUUGCCACCCACUGCCCGGGCCUCGCCCAGCGAUGCAGAAAGCCACCUACUACGACAACACCGCAGCUGCGCUCUUCGGAGGCUACCCCGCGUACCCUGGCACCAAUGGCUUCGGCUACGACGGGCCCCCCCAGCCCCCCUUUCAGGCCGCCACCACGCACCUGGAGGGUGACUACCAGCGCUCAGCGUGUUCCCUGCAGUCCCUGGGCAAUGCCGCCCCACAUGCCAAGAGCAAGGAGCUCAACGGCAGCUGCAUGAGGCCCGGCCUGGCCCCAGAGCCCCUGCCCGCCCCGCCGGGCUCACCCCCACCCAGCGCCGCACCCACCAGUACCACUAGCAACAGCAAUAACGGGGGCGGGCCCAGCAAAGCCGGCCCUCCCAAGUGCGGUGCCAACUCCACCCUCACCAAACAGAUAUUCCCCUGGAUGAAAGAGUCGAGGCAAACGUCCAAGCUGAAAAACAGCUCCCCCGGCACAGCAGAAGGUUGCGGUGGCGGCGGCGGCGGCGGAGGGGGCGGCGGAGGGGGCGGCGGCGGCGGCGGCGGGGGAGGGGACAAGAGCCCCCCGGGGUCGGCGGCGUCCAAGCGGGCGCGGACGGCGUACACGAGCGCGCAGCUGGUGGAGCUGGAGAAGGAGUUCCACUUCAACCGCUACCUGUGCCGGCCGCGCCGGGUGGAGAUGGCCAACCUGCUGAACCUGAGCGAGCGCCAGAUCAAGAUCUGGUUCCAGAACCGCCGCAUGAAGUACAAGAAGGACCAGAAGGCCAAGGGGCUGGCCUCGUCGUCCGGGGGGCCCUCUCCCGCCGGCAGCCCCCCGCAGCCCAUGCAGUCCACGGCGGGCUUCAUGAACGCCUUACACUCCAUGACCCCCGGCUACGACAGCCCGUCCCCGCCGGCCUUCGGCAAGGCCCACCAGAAUGCCUACGCGCUGCCCUCCAGCUACCAGCCCCCGCUCAAGGGCUGCGGCGCCCCGCAGAAGUACCCGCCCGCCCCGGCGCCCGAGUACGAGCCCCACGUCCUCCAGGCCAACGGGGCCGCCUACGGGACCCCCGCCGCCAUGCAGGGCAGCCCGGUGUACGUGGGGGGUGGGGGCGGCUACGCGGAUCCGCUGCCGCCCCCUGCCGGCCCCUCCCUCUACGGCCUCAAUCACCUUUCCCACCACCCCUCGGGGAACCUGGACUACAACGGGGCGCCCCCUAUGGCCCCCAGCCAGCAUCACGGACCCUGUGACCCUCACCCCACCUACACAGACCUCUCCUCUCACCACGCACCGCCUCAGGGUAGAAUCCAAGAAGCGCCCAAACUGACACACCUGUGAUGUAAGGGGAGGGUUGGGGGGGGGAGGGCGAGGUCAAGGGCCAAGUUGCUGGUGGAGCUGGGGGGGUGGGGGCCGGCGGUUUGGAGGCCUGAAGGAGGUGUGGGUUGGGGUGGUCCGGCUUCCGGGAACAGGACAGGCCUGGGGCAGCUUCCCUGCUCCCUGGCCUCAGGGCCUGGCUGUCCUGUAAAGCCCUCCGAGGCCUGUCCCAUCUGCCUCCCAACACCCUCGCAGAGGAAUCCACAGCAGGUGGGAGGUGACCACAUCAAUCCCAGGGCUCCAGCACUCCCAAGUUGGAAUUUCAGAUUGGACAGAGGGAUCCAACAUAGAUAGGCAAGCAGGGCAGAGAAGCACAUUCAAAACUUAGAGGCUUGGCUAUCACCAACCAACUUACCUUCCAUCUCUGUGGGAAAUUCCCCCAAAUCUUGGAAUUUUCUUUUUUGGUCUUCCCUUUCAUUCUCCUUAUGAAACAAACAAACAAACAAACAAACAAGCAAACAAGAAAACACAUUUAAAUCUAAGGGCACAAAAUAGGCUUCCCUCCCACUUCUCCGAAGCUUCAGCUUAGCCCCCAUCUAUUUGAGGCUUCUUGCCAUGUCCAUCACUUCUAGGCCUAUGGUUUUCUCCUCUAAGGACAUAUCUACCCCCACCCCUAGAGAUUACAAUUUUCAGAGGGCUCAGGGAUGGUGAGAGAUCCUGAAGGUUAGAGCUGCCUAUAGUAUAAAUAUAUAUAUUUUUUUCUUUUAAGGACAAGAGGCUGAGAAAGGCAGGCAAGUUGUCAGGACUGGAGGCUCACCCACUCUGCAGCCUCUCCGCUCCCGCCCCAUCCCCACUCUUUUCACGGAGAAGCAAUCCACACAUGAGAGGCCCUCCACUUUUCCUUUUUCUUCUGUUACUCCCUUGACUUAACGUGAAAACAGGGUAUAUUUGAACAAACUGUCUGUCCUAGGCAGGGGCUGCAGCCGGGCCUGUGAACCUUGCUCCAGUUCCUGCCAGGGCAUUCUUGUUGCACUUGGAGUUUACAUUUUAAUGGAUAUUAAAGAAAAAAAAAAAAAAACAACUGUGAGAGACGCCUGGGCCUGUAGAAGUCCAGCUUCGCUCAAAAAGCGUGUGUUCUGGUGAACAUUUUCAUAUAUAUAUAUUUAUUGGUUAUAGCCUGUUAAAAUAUUUUCUUUUUUGUAUUAUUUAUCCCCUCCCUACAUUAUGUAUUUAUAUGAGGGACAAAAAAAAAAGGAAAAAAUGUACUUUUUUAGUAUUUACUUGUUAUAAAGGAUGUUGUGUUUCCUGUCAUGUAAAACCAGCUAUUUUAGUUUUUAUUGUAUUCUAGACGAGAGCUGUAGAUUUAUGUUAAACGCGUACUUAUGAACAAUUGUAAUUAGUUCUAAAAGGCAUGAAACUCAGCUCCUAAAGGUCACUGUACAGCCCUGAAUUGGUAGAGUUAGCUUUAAUUCUCUCUUGGGACUUUCUUUGUUCUUCCGUAGUUACUUUUUUCCCCCUUAGUUAAAAAGGUUGUCUGUCAAAACAAUUCUUGAAUAAACUUUCUGUUAUCAAUUUUA